CAGGAAGCGGAUGUUGUUGACGUUUAAUCGUCAUCCGUUUUUUUUUUAGACAGGCUAGCUUAGCGUAACAGCUUCUUACGGCGGAAUUAUUACACUUUUAAACAGAGGUACAGAAAAAACAGAUCGCACAGGUGCGUUGCUCUACAAUGGACGCGUUUUUUGUGGAUUUUUCACGCGUUAUCGAUCUGUCCGUUAUGGCGAGAUCGGCUAGUUAUAGCGCGGCUGGCUAACAGGCUAACAGGCUAAUUAAACCCUGACAACGAUAACCUGAAGAUAACUGUCAAAGAGGAGGACAUCAUUAACUUAUAAUAUCUAAAAAAGGUUUGACACACCAGAGUGAUAACAGGAACUGGUAUGAACAAGUCGUUUCCAAAUGGGUUAUUGGUUUGACUUGUAUAUUAAUUGAUUGUGUUGUAAACGAGUGGGUUUUUCAACACAAACAACAUAAGGGUUGGUGUGCUGUGCUUCCUUUGGUUUACAGUGAGUCUUAGAUAAUGUGUGUCGUGUUAACGGAAUUGUUUCCUACAUCGCUGUUGCUAUAAGACUACAUCUAGGAAAUAAUAUUAUUGUCAUGUUUACAUUGCAGGGUUAACUUGGGAUAACCGGUUUGCUUUAGAUGAGAGUUACAUGAAACGUGGUUAUGUCAACGUGUCACACCUGACACUUUGGAGAAAUAAGCAGGUGUGACUCACCAACCUGCGCACAGCAACUUUGCACUAGUCCUUAUGUCUGGUACAUCUCUGUCAAUCACACCUCGAUAUCUGGUUACUAGAAAUAACAACAUUCCUAUUUAAUUGCAGUUUAAGUGCACUUCAUACAUAGUCACAAUAGGAAUAAUAUUGCUGUUUUCGAUGUUCGCUGAUAAACAAGGACGCUGUGUCAGUGGCAAGAUUCAGCAACCUACUAGCAUUAUUCUGUGAAGCUUUCUGUGCCUGUAGAUGAUCAAGUGGUAUAUCUUAGGCAAAGCCAAACGUGCUUUAAAAUGAUCUCAGAGGUAUAACACUGGUUAGUUUUGGGUGUUUGGUUAGGGCACUGGUUAUGACUUAGUAUUUGCUCUGGGUCUGACUGAGAGCGGUAGUUUAUGCAUAUUGCUGCGAUCUUGCCCCCCUACCACAAUGCCGGCUGUACUGUUCUCAUUGAUGCUGCUUGGAGCAUUAUGCAGACUCGGAGAGAGCAUGUCACGAGAGGAGAAAAGCCGCUUGAGGAACCAAGUGGUUGAGAUGUUUGACCAUGCAUAUCAGAAUUAUAUGGACCACGCGUACCCAGCAGAUGAGCUGAUGCCACUAACGUGCAGAGGAAGAGUGCGUGGGCUUGAACCCAGUCGAGGUGACGUGGACGACGCUUUAGGAAAGUUCUCUCUGACGCUCAUAGACACUCUGGAUACUCUAGUGCUUUUGAACAAGACGACAGAGUUCGAGGCGGCAGUGAGAAGAGUGCUGAAAGAUGUGAGGCUGGACAACGACAUUGUGGUGUCGGUCUUUGAAACCAACAUACGAGUGCUUGGAGGCUUGUUGGGAGGGCACUCCAUGGCCGUGAUGCUGAAGGACGGAGGUCAGAACAUGCAGUGGUACCAGGAUGAUCUCCUACAUAUGGCCAAAGACCUGGGCCUCCGCCUGCUGCCGGCCUUCAACACCAGCAGCGGCCUGCCUUAUCCCAGGGUGAACUUGAGACACGGUGUCAGGGGUCCUGAGACGAGAACAGGCACAGAAACAGACACCUGCACUGCUUGUGCUGGCACCCUCAUCCUGGAGUUUGCCGCCUUAAGUCGCUUCACUGGGGAUCCUGUCUUUGAGGCUCAUGCCCGGAGAGCUAUGGACUUUCUGUGGGAGAAGAGACAGAGAAACAGCAACCUGGUGGGAACAACCAUCAACAUCCACUCUGGAGAGUGGGUCCGCAGGGACAGCGGAGUAGGAGCGGGAAUCGACUCUUACUAUGAAUACCUGCUAAAGGCUUACGUCCUCUUGGGAGAUGACCAGUUUCUGCAGCGGUUCAAUAUUCACUAUGCAUCUAUAAUGAAGUACAUCAGCCAGCCCCCGCUCCUGCUGGACGUUCACAUCCACAAACCUCUGCUCCCCGCUCGCACCUGGAUGGACUCUCUGCUGGCCUUCUUCCCUGGACUGCAGGUGUUGAAGGGAGAUAUCCGUCCUGCCAUCGAGACACAUGAGAUGCUGUAUCAAGUCACAAAGAAACACAACUUCCUCCCCGAGGCCUUCACUACUGAUUUCAGGGUACACUGGGCCCAACAUCCCCUGAGGCCUGAGUUUGCAGAGAGCACCUAUUUCCUUUACAAGGCCACAGGAGACCCUUACUACCUGGAGGCCGGUCGCACCAUCCUGGACAACCUCAACCGCUUUGCUCGUGUUCCCUGCGGCUUCGCUGCGAUGAAGGACGUGCGGACUGGGAGUCACGAGGACAGGAUGGACUCGUUCUUCCUUGCUGAGAUGUUUAAAUACCUCUUCCUGCUGUUUGCUGAUGAUGAGGAUUUACCGUUUGACAUCGAGGACUACAUCUUCACAACCGAGGCUCACCUCCUGCCCCUGUCUCUCUCCACCACGCCUCACUCGCAAUCUAUUCCCUCAAACCGAACGUCAGAGGAGGAGAUGGACGACUCUAACUUCGAGUGGACGUGCCCUAACACUCGCCUCCUGUUUCCUGACCCCGCAUACCCUCGUCAUCUGAGGGAACCAAUCCGUACUGCUGUGGAUAAGAGCUGCCCCCGUGCUGCUCCUUACAGGGAGCCUGGAAUGGGCCGUCCUCCCCUCAGGGCGCAGGACUUCAUGGCAAACAACCCCGAGCAUCUGGAGCUGCUGAGGAGGAUGGGCGUCACUCUCAUCCACCUGAAAGAUGGCAGGGUGCAGCUGGUGCAGCAUGCUACACAGGCGGUGAGUGCGGUAGCGGCAGAGGACGGCGUGCGCUUCAUGCAGGAUAUGAUGGAGCUGUCCAGCCAGCAGCAGAAGGAGCAGCUACCGCCCCGAGCCAUUCAGAUCGUCUCAGAUCCGUUCUUUGGCAGGGUGGUGCUGACCGCCGGCCCAGCGCAGUUUGGCAUCGACCUGUCCAAAAGUGCCACAGGAUUACGAGGUUUUGUGACGGUGGCAGAACCCUACAGCGGCUGCAGCGAGAUCACCAACCCUGAGUACGUGCGGGGCCACAUCGCCCUGCUUCAGAGGGGCCAGUGCAUGUUCGCAGAGAAGGCCCGACACAUCCAGAAGGCUGGCGCCAUCGGAGGCAUCGUCAUCGACGACAACGAGGGCAGCAGCAGCGACACAGCGCCCCUGUUUCAGAUGGCGGGCGACGGCCGCAGCACGGACGACGUCACCCUGCCGCUCCUCUUCCUCUUCCACAAGGAGGGCAACAUCCUGCUGGAGACGCUGAAGGAGUACCGGGAGGUGGAGGUGCUGCUGAGCGACAAAGCCAGAGACAGAGCAACAAUAUUCAAAGGUAAACCUCGCCCUGGCAGCCAGAUUGAGGGCAGUGCGGACGUGGAAGCUUCUGAGGGGGGCUGCUUAACUGAGGCAACAACCCCCACCAAUUUUGAGCCAAUUAGUGAAUCGCUAAUUAGCACUUUGGCGCUAGACGAGAUUAAGCCAUCACAGGAGGCUGUCAGUGAUGUAGAUCAAGACACUAGUCCUAUGGACGAAGCUAGUCCUGCAGAGGGAGUUGGACCAGCUGAGAAGGAAGCUAGUCCUGCAGAGGGAGUUGGACCAGCUGAUAAGGAAGCUAGUCCCGCAGAGGAAGCUAGCCCUGCAGAGGGAGUUGGACCAGCUGAUAAGGAAGCUAGUCCCACAGAGGGAGUUGGACCAGCUGAUAAGGAAGCUAGUCCCACAGAGGGAGUUGGACCAGCUGAUAAGGAAGCUAGUCCCACAGAGGAAGCUAGUCCCGCAGAAGAGAGAGCUCCUCCUACAGUGGCGGAUUCGACUCAGCCCAAAGAGGAGACAGACUCUGAAAAGAGCAAGGAAGGCGGCACAGACUCAAACCAGUCAGUGGAUGAACUGUUGGCUGAUUGGCGGGAAGACUUGGAGGCGUUCCAGCAGAUGGAGAAGGACGAGCUUUGACCUUAGGGCUCUGACAGUCGUCGGGCGUGUCGUACCCUGUGACUGCGUUGGGAUCCCUCCCUGUGAGGAGGAGCACGGAGGGGCCGCAUCAUCACCAGUCACCGGGCUCAAUCUGGUGAGCUCCAAGAAAGCUGGAGAGACUGUUUCUCUUGGUCUCUGUGGACGGUAACACGUGCCAAGGCAGCCCAAACACUGCAUCUCCGGACCAUAAGGGAGUCAUUUUUAGCCUGGUAGAUAAUGGAUGAGAGACCAGGGUUUUUACCUCACUUUCUCAUACAGUUUCUGUUUAUCUGUCAAAGGAAACCCUAUGAAUGAAAUGGGCCAGACUGUGUGUGUGUUACAGCUUCUCACUUCCACUUCAAAUUACUUCUCACACUGUUGUUCUCUCUAUGCAUUGGUCCAACAAUUAUGAAUUAAUCCAUCGACCAAUUAAUUUGAUUUUAAAUGUGAUGAUUAUAUGUGAUACAUUUACGUCUUUGGCCUAAUCAUUUGUACACAUUGAUGUGACUUGAGGACUUAAUUCAUUUGGGGAUGUGUGACUGCAGGAUAUUUUUUGUUAUGGGUUUACGGUAGACAACGCCAAACUUGAUCUUUCUGGAGGAUAUAUGAAGUCAUCUGUCUAUGUAAAUAUGUAUUUGUGGAGAUAUAUUGAUUAAAAUAAUAUAGCGCUGCUUUGCUCAGGUUCUGGUUCACCCCACAAACAGCCUCUGGACCACAUCGGGUGGAGCAGACUCCCUAAGCAGCUGCUGGGAUGGAUUACACGGCUGUAGGCGGCCACAGGGGGGCGCUAUGAGAUCUGUCUGUCAUGCUUAGCUGCUGACUGAUUGGAAGGAGCAGAAAUAAGCCAUUAAGUUAACGUGAUAAAAUGUAAUGAAAUAAAAGAUUAAGAGGGAAA